UCAGCCGUUCUGCAAAGCAGGAACUAACACAACAAGAACUAGCUAACAGCCAUGGCGGAGAGGGAGGGCGCGGUGGUGAAGAAGGGCCACGAGGAGGGCCUGAAGAUGGCGGUGGCGCUGCUGGAGGAGUUCGGCCUGCCGCUGGGGCUGCUGCCGCUGGAGGACGUGAUCGAGGUCGGGUUCGUGCGCGACACGGGGUACAUGUGGAUCAGCCAGCGCAAGAAGGUGGAGCACCAGUUCAAGAAGAUCAGCAAGCAGGUGAGCUACGACGUGGAGAUCACCGCCUACGUCAAGCCCAAGGGCAUCAAGAAGCUCAAGGGCGUCAAGGCCAAGGAGCUCAUGCUCUGGCCGCCCGUCAACGAGAUGACCGUCGACGACCCGCCCACCGGGAAGAUCCACUUCAAGAGCCUUGCCGGCGUCACUAAGACCUUCUCCGUCGACGCCUUCGCCGCCGGCCAGUAGGCAAAUCAAUAAAUAAUCAUAUAUACUACUAUAACAUAUAUACCGCAUCUAGUAUAAUCUGCUUGUGCACUGGGCAUGCACCACGCGUACGAUGAGCUGCUUAUUAU